UCUUCUGAGCACAGAACCCCUUCCUGUAGCUGUCCCUGGUGUCCAGACACCUGCAGACAAGUUCAUCCCAAAGUGACCUCGGGAUCCGCGCCCCUAACCAUCUCAGCCCGUCCGCCCGCCACUGUGACUUUUCCUUAGUCAUUCAAGCCAGAAAGGGGAGGGGCCCCUCCCUCCGCCCUGGCCACCGGUCACUCGCUCACCAGGACCUGAUGAGUCUGCAAAUGCCCUCAAGGCCCUCUUCUCCUCUCCGUGCCCUGUGUCACCGCCCCAGGGGCCAGCGGCCGCCAGCCCUCACCUGACCACGGGGAGGUCCCCCUGCCUGCCGUCUCGCUCCCACCAACCCACUUGCCGCCGGGCAGCCAGAGACAACUUUAGAAAAUGCCCUCUGACUGCUCCGUUCCACCGUUUAAACUCCAACAGCCCUUUUUUAAAAAGUUCCUUCUGAAAAGCCUGCCACCAUCUGGUGCCCGCCCACCUGUCCGGCCUCAUCUCUCAGCGGCACCGCAGCCCGCAGCCCCACGCUGCUCGCAGGCCCCAGCAUCCUCCCACGGCCCGGCCUCGGCGGCCUGCAGCCCGGGCCCCGCUCUGCCCCCGGAACUCCCACCCAGCCGUCAAGGCGCAGCUCGCACGUCCCCCCCGCCCCCCGACCGGCCAAGGGGACGAGCAUUUUCCAUGACGCGGCGCAGGGGCUGCUGCCGGGCGGGACACGGGCCUGGCUGAGCUCCUUGAGGACAGAGCCCUGACUUAGCUAUUUUCAGUCCGUGGCAAGAGGCUCCGGGAAUGUGAGAAGGUGAAGGGGAGGGAGAGAGGGAGGCAAGCAAGGAGGGAGCGGACGGAGCGCCAGAGCCUCUGGGGGCCAGUCCUUCGUUCAGCCCACUGACCCGCCCGCUCAUCCGUUCGCUCAGUCCACGAGGAUGUGAGUUCCUCUCAGGCCCCACGCGAGGCACUGAGGAUCCGCUCAGAGAGCUCAGGUGGCCGGCGACGCACUGGGGGCAUUUCCAGGUGACUUCGGGGUGUGCGCGUGUGCCUGUGUUGUGCGGGCGUGUGCAAGGCCUCCCACUUGCAAGGGCCUCCUGCCGGGGCACCUGUCUUCCCUGGGGCCUGGGGCCGCGAGCAUCUGUCCCUGGAUCCUGUUGCAGCCCGAAAUAAGGCUGUGAGCCGCGACGAGGCAGGGACGGCUCUGGUCAGCUGAGGCCAGAGCUGGGCGCAGGGCACACCCGGCGCGCCGACCGCCUGCCCGGACAGCGACCACUCGACUUGCGGCUUCCCGACAGAGGUGUCAGGUUCGAGGGUCUGACACACCCUCCUGCCGCUGCGGUUCCAUCUCUCAGGAUGAUCCCCAAGGAGCAGAAGGGACCAGUGGUCACCGCCAUGGGGGACCUCACAGAACCAGCCCCCCUGCUGGAUCUGGGCAAGAAGCUGAGCGUGCCUCAGGACCUGAUGGUGGAGGAGCUGUCGCUGCCCAACAACCGAGGCUCCCUCCUCUUCCAGGAGAGACAGCGCCGCGUGCAGAAGUUCACCUUUGAAUUUGCGGGCAGCCAGCGGGCGAGUGCGGCAGGAACUGCCCAGGGGACGGUGACGGCAACGGCGACGCCUGGGAGGGCUGCCAACAGCCCCGAGGGGCAGAACUACAGCUCUGAGCUCCAUGUCUCCCUGGAGUCGCCGGGAGGCCCUGAGGACGUGCAGCCGGCAGCCCCCCGGGCCGUGAGCGCCCCCAGCCCCAGCGCCCUGGCCCCUGGCUAUGCCGAGCCACUGAAGGGCAUCCCUCCGGAGAAGUUCAACCACACCGCCAUCCCCAAGGGCUACCACUGCCCCUGGCAGGAGUUCAUCAGCUACCGGGACUACCUGGGCGAGGGCCGAAGUCACACCCCCAGCCUGGCGGAUUAUCGCAAUUUCAACAAGACCCCCGUGCCCUUUGGAGGACUGCUGGCAGGGGAGACCCUUCCGAGGGCAGGCACCCCGUCUGUCCCGGAGCUCAGCAGCGGCUUGGAACUCCUCCGCCUCAGACCCAGCUUCAACAGGGUGGCCCAGGGCUGGGUCCGCAACCUCCCCGAGUCUGAGGAGCUGUAGCCCAGCCUAACCGUCCAACCCCCCACCUCUGGGUUCGGGCACCAUCUGGAGACAGCCCAUGUGGACGACACUCCAGUCAGCAAAGGGCUGUCGCACGCAAAAAUCUUACUGCAAAUGGCCUCGACGGUCACCAAGUUCAGCAGUCCCCAGAUGUGGUGGGCGUCCAAAUUACCUGGGGCCGGGGUUAUUUCUAGGACCGAUCUCCGGCCGGUCCAGACCACGGCGUCAGUAUCUCCUGAAUGGGGCCUCUUUUAGUAGCUAGCACUCUAGCUGCCCCCAGGAGCACGUGUCCCUGGCGUGUGCCUUCCCAAACCACCAAGACCUUCACAGCCGUGCCUCCACUCUUUCUGCUCCGGUGCUCUAGCUUAUACCCUCCACCGACAGGGAGCUCACUAGCCACCUGUUUACCUGUGACUCACUCAGAUAAUUAGAUUCUCCUCUUACUGAGCA